AUUACCGCACGCCUUUUGCUCGGAGUUUGCAAUCCAAAAUCAACACAAGAAUGAGAAGUCUGUUGCAAAGCAUAGUAAAAAUAGGUGUUCCUGUAAGGUCCCUAACACGACGCCAAUUAUGUGCAAAAGUAGCCGUUAAUGUACCGCAUCACAGUGUCUUGCAAAGAUAUGAGGAUGAUCUACAGCACGAGUUCCAGCAAGUGCUCCGCGAAGAUACACGAUCCGUACUCGAACCCGUGCCGGAUCCAACGUCUUUGGAGUUCUUCCCGAACACUAAACCCGCAUUCAACUUUGCAGCUUACGUGAAUAAAUCGUCCACCCUACAGCAACUCGUAUCACUCGGUGUGGAACUCCACAAGCUGGAAAAGCGCAAGGGUAUUCCGCAGUAUGUGCUGGGAUUGGAUUUCGAGCGCGACAUGAAGGAGCACAUUCGAUUCCUCUCGGACGUUGGUGUGCCGGCAGAAAUGUUGGGAGAAUUUCUCACGAAAAAUCCAUUAAUUUUCAAAGAGGAUUUGGCGGAUCUAGAAACACGAACGAACUAUUUGCAGUCUAAGCGAUUCCUACCGGAAGAAAUCACACGGAUCGUGACCAAAAACCCGUUCUGGCUUAUGCUUAGCACCAAGCGGAUCGAUCGACGGCUAGGGUACUUUCAGAAAACGUUUCAUCUAGCAGGGAAUGAAGUAAGAACGUUAGCAACUAAACAACCAAGGCUAAUUACGUACAAUAUGGAACACGUGCGAAAGAACACAUUCACUGUCCAGGAGGAGAUGGGCUUCGAAAAGGAGGAGUUAAAGCAACUGUUGUUGAGCAAACCACGAAUUUGGAUGAUAAAAACGGAAGCAUUGCAGUACCGGUUCGAAUACAUUCAUCGUCGCAUGAAGAUUUCACAUGCUGAAAUUCUCCAAACACCGGACCUGCUGCUAACACGCGACGUUCGGAUCAAGCAAAGACACGGGUUUCUCAAAUUUCUCGGCAAAGUACAGUACGAUCCCAAGAAAGAGCUGUAUAUUCCGCUAAAAUCACUGGCCGAGGGCACCGACGAGGAGUUCGUUACAGAAGUCGCUAAAUCGAACAUGGAAUGUUACAAUCGCUUCCUGAAAACGCUCUGA